AUGGAAAAGUAUAUCAACAUGUCAGUGGAGACUGGCUUCCCGGUAGAUGAUCCUAAGAGGACAAUGAGACAGCUUAAUGAAAGACUGUCUGACUUUGUGCAGCAUUGCCUUCUCCUGGAGCAGUCAAACAUUGCAUUGCAAAAGAAAAUAGAAGAACAUGUAAAAAAUAGCAGUCUGGAAUUGCCUGCUUGGAAAGAGAUUGAAGAAGACAGCAAACACCUCCAACAGUCUAUCUAUACAAUGGUGAUAGAAAAUACAAAAACUUCUUUGAAAAUUGACAAUUACAACAUGGAUCUUGCACUGCUCGAACAAAGACUUUCAUAUCCAUCAAGAGUAGGUUUGUGCCCUAGCACACCUGUUAACAUGUACAAAUCUAGCAGAGUGGUUUCUGAAGAGAAACGGAUUACAAAGCAAAACAAACUGCUGAUGAUAAUGACAAAUGAAUUCAGACAGAACACCUUGGAUUUGAAUCUAACUAUUACAGAAAGAGAAGAAGAAAUUAAAGACUUGACAUCAAGUCAUCAAGAGAAAGUACAGGCUAUGCAGCAGUUAAAACAUCCUAUCGAUGAUAUUCAGUUUGCCAAGGUGGAGGAUGGGAGCAGGAUGGAACUGUCCCAGCUCCUCAAUGAGAUCAGAACACACUAUGAGGCGCUCAUCAGCAGGAGUCAGAUCUCCAACGACCUUUCAGCCAGGAGCCAGCUGAAAGAGGAAGAAGCCAGACAGAAGAUGCAGAACGAUGAAGAGGAACUGAGGGCAGCCAGAGCCAAUCUUUAUGAGGCUAGGAAGCAAUGGAAAACCCUGGAGGUUGAAAUUCAGUCUCUACAGGCAAUGGAAAGAAGUCUAAAAUACACCCUACAUGCUACAGAACAGCAGCACCAGAAGCAGCUUGAGAACCUGUCUGCUGUAAUUGCAGACUUAGAGCAAGAGCUACAGGAGGUGAGAGAUGGAGUCAGAACACAACUACAGAAGCACCGGAUGCUUCUCAACACCAACAUGAAGCUUGAACAAGAAAUAUCAGCCUACCGCAGCUUGCUGGAGAAUGAGGAGACUUGGAUAACAGGUUUCCAGAUAAGAGAUCCAAGCCUAGGUACUCAACAAAUUCAGGAACAAAAAUCAUCUACCAGUAAAACAGGCGUUAUAAUAAAUUCAGGCUCCAUUGAAAAUCAUAAUGAGAUUUGUGGUAAAGCAAUAAAACAGCAAGCAGUAUUCAAUGGAAAUGUUGCAGAAGAAGGAGCAGAGGCCAGCGGCACAGUACAAACAGAGAAAGUGGAUGAAAUGAUCAAACAGUGGGAAGGAUCCUUCUUUAAGGACAAUCCGCGACUAAGAAAGAAAUCUGUGUCCUUAAGAUUUGACCUCCACCUGGCAGCUGUGAAUGAAACAUGUUCCAAUACCAAAAAGGACAAUCUACCUGACAUAGAGGUUCGAUUAAUAAUGAGACGUUCAUGUAGCAUUCCCACGAUGAGUCCAUGAUCUGGCAAUCAUCAAUUCAAAGAUACUGUAAAAGGGACAGUGAAAAUUUUAAUAACAUCAUUAAUAAUAUUAAAAUUGCAGAUCAUGCUGGAUGUACUUAUACAAUUAGUUAGUUGGGGGAAAAAUGAAACCAUAUACAGCUCACAAGUUUUGCUUUCUAAUAUAAUGUGUCUGUAUACAAUAUUGAUUAGGCCAGUAUGGGGCUGAAAGGAACUUGCCUUACUUUUCACCCAUUAACGCCAUUCUUUUCACUGUGGUAACUAUAUUUCAUUUUAUCAAAGUAAACAUGAAACCACUUUUAAAAAAUUCAAUUUAUAUAUCCAAGGACAUUGGGCUGCACACUGUCAGUAAUUAUACAAGUCUCGUAUGAGAUAAAAAUCACAAACAUUCAGACAUCACUAUAUGAGAUUUUGCUGUUAUAUUAGGGGACCUGUGCAAAAGGUGGCAAGCUCCAUUUAUCUGUGAAGUGAUUUAUAUUAUAGCUUCUGAGCAUAAGAAUACACUAAGGGUGCCCAUUCACUAUCCGUUAUGGGCCCGUUACAAAAAAAUAGGAUGAAAGCUAGAGUUUCCGAAUGUGUAACAGGCCAAUUCAUUAUUAGGAGCAUGAAAAAAACGAGUUUUAUGGUAAGAACUUACCUUUGUUAAAACUUACCUUUGUUAAAACUCUUUCUGCAAGGGCUCCACAAGGAAAGGACAAUGGGAUG